AUGGCAAUGGUGCUUCCGCUUCGGGUUUCUUUGUGCACUCAUGUCAAGCUGUACAAGACUGGAUGGAGGAUUCAAGUGAAGAUCUUGCAUCUAUGGAAGCAGUACGCCACGACUUCCGGAGAGACCAUUGAAAUGAUAUUUUCCGAUGUUGAGGGAAACAAGAUCCACAGAAGUAUACGGAAGCAGGAUGUCAAGCGAUACGAGAGGUACCUCAAUGUCGGUGCUUGGAAGUUCAUACAGAAUUUUACGGUAGCUCAUGCAACGGGCCACUACUGCACAACACCGAACCCUUACAAGCUAGCUUUCAUCAAGGAGACGUUUGUGCUUCCAUCAGCGAAUCUUGGCGACGGUAACUACUUGAUGCUUGCCAGUUACAAGCAGAUCCACGAUGGCAAAGUGAAUGAGAGCAUUUUACAUGACAUAAUAGGUCAAUUCAUCGCCGUUGGACCGAUGGAAGAAGUUGAUACGCAGAACAAAAAACAGAAAAAACUGGAGAUAGAACUAAGGGAUGGAAGUGAUGAUCAGAUUGGAUGUAUAUUGUGGGGGCCAAUGGCUGCGGAUAUGCUCACCGCCGCUGAAGGAGCUGGUGAGGAAACAUUGAUUUGCCUACUUCGAUGGGCAAAAGUGAGGGAGUUCCAAGAGGUUAAGAGUGUGUCCAAUGCCUACAGUUCGUCGGUGAUGCUGACCAAUCCACCAUAUCCAGAGAUAACAUCUUUCGCCAAGAGGUUAGUUUCGAGACAGCAAUCACUUAGUUGUUAG